AUCAAAUGCUUUGAAACUGUGGCCGUUGGAGUGAAAGACAUUGUACCAUAUUCAGUCGCCUUCAGUUGUGGAUCUAGAAUAUCCAGAGUUUCUCGCCGGAUCUUGAAAAUGACGACGGCGAUGACUUGUACGAGAUUGACGAUUUUUACGGUGGCUGGGAUAUUUCUACAGAUUAUCGGCCUCUCCAUUUUUGUAUUCGGUUUCUUCCCCGUCAAGCCGACUCUCUCCGGCGUCAGUGGCUCGGACAGCUAUCGAGAUCCUUUCUGUGAUUCUUCUCCGAUUUCGAACGAAUCGGAGCUUCAUCAUCCUGAGAAACUGAAAUUGCUCUACCAGGAGUUAUCUGGAAUCUCUUCUAAAUAUGAUCGACUGAUUUUGAUGGUUAUUGAUGGGCUUCCUGCGGAGUUCGUUCUUGGGAAAGAUGGUAAACCUCCAUGGAAGGUAUGGAAAGAGUCUAUGCCUUAUACUCAGUCAUUGUUGGCUAAUGGAGAUGCUAUUGGUUACCAUGCUAAAGCUGCUCCUCCAACUGUUACAAUGCCGAGAUUGAAGGCAAUGGUUUCUGGGGCAAUUGGUGGUUUCUUGGAUGUGGCUUUUAAUUUUAACACACAAGCCCUUUUAGAUGAUAAUAUUCUUGGUCAAUUUUUUCGGAUUGGUUGGAAGAUGGUGAUGCUCGGUGAUGAGACGUGGCUCAAGUUAUUCCCAGGGCUAUUUAUGAGACAUGAUGGUGUUAGCAGUUUCUUUGUCAAAGAUACAGUGCAGGUAGACAGAAAUGUUUCUCGACACUUGCCUGAUGAGCUUAACAGUGAUGACUGGAAUCUCUUGAUCCUUCAUUACCUUGGUUUGGAUCACGUUGGACAUACUGGCGGGCGUAAUAGCCCCUUGAUGCAUGCAAAACUUAAAGAAAUGGAUGAUAUAGUUAGAACAAUGCAUUUAAAAGCCAUGAUGGAUCGCAGCCAUGAUCAAGGACAGACUCUUCUGAUAAUAGUCAGUGAUCAUGGCAUGACUGAGAAUGGAAACCACGGAGGGUCUUCAUAUGAAGAAACUGACUCGUUAAUGCUCUUUAUUGGCUUGAAUAGCAAUAAAUCUGACUAUGCUUCAGCUACCAAUAAUGUAGCUUUCCAGGUAGAUUUGGCGCCAACUUUAGCUCUUCUAUUUGGUGUGCCUAUCCCAAAGAACAACGUUGGAGUACUUGUCCCAGGAACACUUAGUUCUUUAAGAGAUUUUGAGCAACUACGGGCACUAGAACUGAAUUCAUGGCAGUUACUCAGACUUAUGCAAGCACAGAUACAAAGUUCCUCGUUUCCAGGCUUCUCCUGCAAUUGCUUCCUUGAUGGAACUUGUGAGGGCCUUGAUUUGGAUAUUAGUGAAUGUUCUGGGGAUAAAGAGAAACAACUUAUUUGCUUAUUUAGGAAUGCUGCUGUUCUCCAUGGCAUUUGGAAGUCCAAGAAAUCAACAGAGUCGUCUAGUGCCAUGGAAGAUUUCAGCAGAGCUUUAGAUGCAUAUAACACCUUCUUGAAAACUGCAAGUGAGUGGUUAGCAAGCAAAACCACUGAAAAACCUGUUCUCUUACUCGGUCUUGGAGUGGGUGCCAUGCUUAUUUCAUGCUUCAUCUGUGCCACUGUCUUUCUGUCUUUAUUCAAAGAGGUUUACCAUGAGCCCAAGGAUCAGGUCUGCAGUUUGAGUUAUUUGUUGAAUUUAGAAGAGAUGUUCGUUGGUGCUCUUCUUUUGAUCCUUGUUAUAAGCAUGGGAUCUAGUUCAAUGGUGGAAGAAGAGCAUUAUAUAUGGCAUUUCAUGGUAUCAACAUUCUAUCUUCUGUUACUCUUCAAGACAGCAAAGUCAUUCAAUUUUUCCAAGGGGAUGAACAUACUCAGAGACUUUAAAUUCGGUUCUAUCUUCUCGCUUCUUAUUUCUGGUAGACUACUGAGAGGUUGGCAUCAAGGGGGCGUGAACUGGACUUACCUUCCUGAUAUUUCUAAGUGGCUACAGCAAGUUGGCAGUGGUUAUGUGAAAUGGAUUCAGCUAAUCUCAAACUUCCUUGUUAUUGUUCUAGGACUAUAUACUCUCUUUCGAACAGGAUCGAAUAGAAAAAGUGUUCGCAUCCUAGCAUUUGUUUUCUCAACUUGUGGGUUCCUAGUCUUGCUGCACGCCGGGAGAUAUCAGGAUGACAUGUCGACCGAUUUUGGAGCCACUGUCACCGUAAAAGUUAUUUAUUAUCUUCUAUCUAUAUCUGCCAUUGGAGCUUCUUUGGUUUUGCCAUGGUCUGCGCGAAACAAAGACAAGUCCUUUCUAGCUGAAGUAAGUGAUUGCUUGUAUUUGAUUGGCUCUGCAUACAUACUCUGCUGGUGUCUUCUACAGCUACUUCUCCAACAACCAAUCAACUCGGGGCCCAUACUUUUGCUGCUCCUCCAAAUCUUAACAAUUUUAUUUCUUUCUUCUAAUGAUUUGCAAGUCAACGAAUGGGUCGAGAUUGCUGCACUCUAUUACAUGGGAAUGGCAGGUCACUUUGCUCUUGGAAACAGUAACACUUUAGCGACCAUCGAUGUUGCUGGUGCUUUUAUCGGAAUCUCUAGUCAUUCUACAAUACUUUCUGGGAUCUUGAUGUUCAUAAUCACCUAUGCAUCUCCCAUGUUGUUUCUUCUAUCCCUCGUCAUGUACAUUGGUGCAAAGCUAAGAAACCACUCAAACUCAACAAUAUCAACUCACCGGGAAACGAGUCUAGGACAAAUUUUGAAGCUAAAGCUCGGGUUCCCUUGCCUUGUUCCGCUCUGCAUCAACUCAAUACUCUUGACCGCAUAUACUGUGGUCUUGUUACUCAUGAGGAAUCACCUCUUUGUGUGGAGCGUCUUCUCUCCCAAGUACCUAUAUGUGUGUGCAACCACUGUGUGCACAUACAUCGGAGUUUGCAUCGUCGCUGCUACUGUAACCUACACUUUCUCUGUCACUACCUUCCUUAGAAGCAAUCGCACAAGACACAACAACUCGUAGUUAUGGUCACUUUAUUAUGUAGGGAACAGAGACUAAUAGAGAUACUGUGAUCCU